AUGGCGAGAUUGAGAUUGAGAUUGGCCAUGGAGGGCGAGAUUGAGAGUACGAACGCGGGGAGGAGAUCGUACGAGGAGGAAUGGCAGCGAGCGACGAAAGGCAGGAGUACGAGCAAAACAUCGACACAACACACAUACCCACACAUCCACACACCCACACGAGCGGCAGCGCAACAGGAGCAACACACAACAACCAUACCUACCCGCACAACAAGAGCCGCGACACGAACAACGACACACGACGCUGGCGAGCAGACCGUCGUACACAUCGACUGCUGCAUUCUCAAUGCGUUGCAGCCGCGACAGACUGGAGGGAGGCAGGCAUCCAGAUCCACCACAACCAUCCAGGCCGUCAACAAGCUCCACCCAAUGCCAUGUCCAAUGCGAAUGCAAAUAAGGAGGUGGCCGCCCAGAGCUCUUCAUACGACGACAUCUGCGCACCGAAAAAUUGCCAGCCCACCAACAGCACAAGGAUCGGCCAUUGACUGCGCCCACAAACAACCAACAGUGAAUGCCUCCGCCGCCUUCAACCGGCGACAAUGCGAAUACUGUCAACCGUGUCCCAAUGAGCGACCAUCAAACAGCCUCAAGCACAAAGCACGACAGCACUUCACCAAGGCAGAGCAGCUACAACCUCCCGCGAUGGCCGAGCGGCCAAGUGAGGUCCACCACAGCACGAGCUCGAGCAAUACCAUCAACGCGUCAAUCAACACCCAUCCACGGGCCACCGCGUCCAAGCAAAGCUCUCAGCAUGCCACUCCCUCGGCCAGCGAUGGAGGUCCUCCAAAACAACAAGUCAUUCUUGCUCUUGAGCAACAAAAGCGACGCAUCGAUCUCCGCAAGCAACAGCCAGCUCUUCCGGACCCUGAAAACUACCUUCGCCGUCCGGACAGCAUCCCAAAAACCCAGCUCGGUUAG